CUGUGUUCUCUCAUUCUUUUGGAGUUAAGAGAACAUUUGAUGGGAGAAACGCUCCCAGGGGGCCCAGGAGGAGCCCGGCCCCGCAGUGAUAUUUUGAGGGGACCAGUGCAGACCCACAGGGUUAAGAUGGUUCUUCUGGGAAGCUCUGGUGUGGGAAAGUCCAGCCUGGCACUGCGAUUUGGCAAGGAUGAAUUCAGGAGUACAUCACCUACUAUAGGCUGUGCCUACCUGACUCGGGCCGUUUAUCUGAAGGAUGUCACUCUUCGCUUUGAGAUCUGGGACACGGCAGGGCAGGAAAAGUACCACAGCGUCACCCCGCUCUACUACAGAGGGGCCCACGCUGCACUCUUGGUCUAUGAUGUCAGCCAGAGGGAAACGUUUGUCAGAGCUCUAGUGUGGCUCAAAGAGCUUGAGAAACAGUACAUCCCAGGAUCUACUGUCAUAUGGCUGGUAGGCAACAAGGUGGAUCUGGCGCAGGGUCGACAAGUCUCAGUGCAGGAAGCACAGAGUCUGGCCAAUGAAAGGGGCCUAUUGUUUACAGAGACUUCAGCCCGGUCAGGGGAUCAGGUCUGUGAGCUGCUGCUAGCUGUUGCCCACAGUGUGCACGAGUGUAUUGGAGUGCAGCAGGGAGGUCUGUCAGAGUGGCAGGAGACGCCACACGUGGAUCUGCAUCGUAGAGACACGAUCAAUCCCUUUGUGACAUGCUGCAAAGUGUGACCCUAAGCUCUUUGACUAUCAGUUGUGUUGCUGCUUGUCUUUGUUUCUCUGUCUUUAUCAUUUUCAAGUUGUUCUAAGUCCCACACGGACAUCUGGUAUACAUAAAAACAUCUACAUUUUCAGAUGUUUUGCUUGAAGCUUAAAGCUGCUCACUACUAUUCAUGCAGGAUAAGUCCUUGACUUUUGUGUUGUGUUGUGUUCCAUUUGUUGGACUGAUUUCCUCAGUGUGUGUAGGACCAACCUCCUCAGUCUCUGUCUAUGCCAGAUGUUGAACUGAUACUGAUUAUCCUCAUUCAGGGUCUCAUGACUGUGAUCAAACCAAGCAGAGAUCCCCCCUAAGCAGAGUUCUGUUGAGUGAAGAUGCCAAAACUCCUUUUUUACACAAUAGCAAGGUUAACUAGAAAAUGUUGACUGUGUGGCUGCUACUGCCCGAAAACGUUGCAUAUAUUAACAGUUCUGAGACAGCUGUUUCAAUGAGGUUCAUUUAGGGUUAGUUUGGGGUUCAUUUGAGUA